UCUCUCCCUCGGUGGAGGAUGCCGCUCUUGGCGCUGGCGGCGGCGCUGACGCUUGGAGGCGGUACUUCCUCCCGGGUUCUCUGGGAGCUCCCAGCAUCAUUUAGAGUGCUGCUGUUGCUGGUUCAGCGGCCAUGGAGAGCUCGGGGCCCAGCGAAGUGACAGGCUCAGACGCGUCAGGACCUGACCCGCAGCUGGCCGUCACCAUGGGCUUCACGGGGUUCGGGAAAAAAGCCCGCACAUUUGACUUGGAAGCGAUGUUUGAGCAAACUCGAAGAACAGCGGUGGAAAGAAGUCGGAAAACACUGGAAGCAAGAGAAAAAGAGGAAGAAAUGAACAGAGAGAAAGAAUUAAGAAGACAAAAUGAAGACAUUGAACCGACAUCUUCAGGCUCAAAUGUGGUCAGAGAUUGCUCAAAACAAUCUUCUAGGGACACAAGCAGCAGUGGAAGUGAAGAGAGUUCAGAUUCUUCUGAUGAUGAGUUAAUUGGUCCUCCUUUGCCUCCUAAAAUGGUAGGGGAACCAGAUCAGCUAAUGGAGGCAGAUAUUCUGGGUCCUUUACCUCCACCUCUUAAUGAUGAUGAAGAAGAAGAAGAUGAUGAUGAUGAUGAUGAAGGAGAAGAUGAAGAGGAAAAUCCUGUCCGAAAGAUUCCUGACUCACAUGAGAUAACAUUGAGGCAUGGCACAAAAACAGUGUCUGCUUUGGGUCUGGACCCCUCAGGUGCCCGUUUGGUGACUGGAGGAUAUGACUAUGAUGUUAAGUUUUGGGAUUUUGCUGGAAUGGAUGCUUCUUUUAAGGCAUUUCGAUCUCUUCAGCCCUGUGAGUGCCAUCAGAUCAAGUCAUUACAAUAUAGUAACACAGGAGACAUGAUACUUGUUGUAUCUGGAAGUUCUCAGGCCAAGGUGAUUGACAGAGAUGGUUUUGAAGUAAUGGAAUGUAUAAAGGGAGACCAGUAUAUUGUGGACAUGGCGAACACCAAGGGUCACACAGCAAUGCUUCAUACUGGCUCAUGGCAUCCCAAAAUAAAGGGAGAAUUCAUGACUUGCUCAAAUGAUGCGACUGUGAGGUUAUGGGAAGUUGAAAAUCCAAAGAAACAGAAAAGUGUGUUUAAACCACGGACAAUGCAGGGUAAAAAAGUGAUUCCCACUACAUGCACAUAUAGUAGAGAUGGAAACCUCGUAGCAGCUGCCUGCCAGAAUGGAAGCAUCCAGAUUUGGGACCGAAAUUUGACUGUUCAUCCAAAAUUCCACUAUAAGCAAGCUCAUGACCCAGGCACAGACACUUCCUGCGUGGCUUUUUCCUAUGAUGGUAAUGUCCUUGCCUCUCGCGGAGGUGAUGAUACAUUAAAGUUGUGGGACAUUCGACAAUUUAAUAAGCCACUUUUUUCAGCUUCAGGUCUUCCCACCAUGUUUCCAAUGACUGACUGCUGUUUCAGUCCAGAUGAUAAACUCGUAGUCACUGGUACAUCUGUUCAAAGAGGAUGUGGCAGUGGCAAACUUGUUUUCUUUGAGCGCAGGACUUUCCAAAAGGUGUCUGAAAUGGAUAUCACAGAUGCGAGUGUUGUCCGCUGCCUGUGGCAUCCAAAACUGAACCAGAUCAUGGUUGGAACUGGAAAUGGAUUGGCUAAAGUCUAUUAUGACCCCAACAAGAGUCAGAGGGGGGCAAAGUUAUGUGUGGUUAAAACCCAGCGGAAGGCGAAACAAGCGGAGACUCUAACCCAGGACUACAUCAUCACCCCGCACGCCUUGCCUAUGUUCCGUGAGCCCCGCCAGCGGAGCACGAGGAAGCAGCUGGAGAAGGACAGACUGGACCCCCUGAAGUCGCACAAGCCCGAGCCUCCCGUCGCAGGCCCAGGCCGUGGCGGCCGUGUUGGAACCCACGGGGGUACUCUGUCCUCCUACAUUGUGAAGAACAUCGCUCUGGACAAGACCGACGACAGCAAUCCCCGAGAGGCCAUUUUGCGUCAUGCCAAGGCUGCAGAAGACAACCCAUACUGGGUCUCUCCAGCAUAUUCCAAGACUCAGCCCAAAACCAUGUUUGCCCAAGUUGAAUCUGAUGACGAGGAAGCAAAGAAUGAACCAGAAUGGAAAAAACGUAAAAUAUGAAGACUGUUUGCAAAUGGGUAGGGUGGAUAUGGAGCAGGGUUUUUUCCUUAAUGCUUGUGAAAUAAAAAAUGCAGUUUUAUGAA